AGAGGAAAGAAAAGGGCGAUGGCUGUGCUUCACUUCCUCUACUGCACAUGCGCAAACUCAGUUACCGCGAGGUGCGAGGCGGGCGCGCAUGCCCAGUGAGCUGCAGCUGCUCCUUCCGCCCGCUGGCUUUUGAGAGCGAUGGCGGCGGUGGAGGCCGGGAAGAUGGCGUCUCCCAAGAGCGCCCCCAAAGAUGCUCAGGUUAUGGCCCAGAUCCUGAAAGAUAUGGGGAUUACUGAGUAUGAGCCGCGGGUUAUAAACCAGAUGCUGGAGUUUGCUUAUAGAUAUGUGACAACCAUCUUGGAAGAUGCCAAAAUUUAUUCAAGUCACGCAAAGAAGUCGAGUGUCGAUGCGGAUGACGUGAAGUUGGCUAUUCAGUGCCGGACAGACCAAUCAUUCACUUCACCACCGCCAAGAGAUUUUUUGCUAGAUAUUGCAAGACAAAAGAACCAAACACCACUGCCGCUGAUUAAGCCAUACUCAGGUCCAAGGUUGCCACCAGAUAGAUACUGCCUCACAGCGCCAAAUUAUAGGCUGAAGUCUUUGCAGAAAAAGGUGUCUUCCUCCGGUGCAAGGAUCACCGUGCCACGGCUGAGCGUCGGCGCCGUCACCAGCAGGCCCAGCACACCGACAUUAGGAACUCCUUCAGCUCAGACAAUGUCUGUUUCAGCUAAAAUUGGGACUCCUGUGUCGCUGACAGGUCAAAGAUUCACCGUGCAGAUCCCAACGUCCCAAACAUCUGUAAAAUCAGCAACUCCUACUACCCCAACAGUUCAGAACGUGCUGAUCAACCCCUCCCUGAUAGGGUCCAAAAACAUCCUCAUCACCACCAACAUGGUGUCAUCGCAGAGCUCCUCCGGCGAGCCAAACCCCUUGAAGAGGAAGCAUGAGGAAGAAGAGGACUAUGACAACUUGUGAUGGGUCCCCUUUAUGGGUUGGACUGAAAUGGUGUAUGUCUGUGUCUAAGAAACACAUGGGGAAGAAGAGUUCCUGCUUAAGGCCACAUUUGCUAAGGCUGGAAUCCAAAGGCUGUGUCAGCUUGCUCUUACUGUCUCCCCCUUCUUGAGCUGUAAAGUUGGAGGGGGGUGGUGAAGAAAUGGGAACAGGCUCCGCUGUUGAAGGUCUCCUAAGGGCUCUGGGUAGAGGUGGGUAAAGGCUUUAAAGAUGUUUUCCCCACGCUGGUGCCCUCCAGCUAGGCUGCUGGGAGCUGCAAUCCAAGACAGCUGGCAGGCACCAGCUCAGGGAAGGCUGUUUUGCAGCAACGAAAAACCCACAGGAAAGUUGUUGACCCACUCCCUCCUCGAAGCAUCCCUGCAUCUGAUCCCUCCUGGUGCUAAGCUAAACAAGCCAGCACUUCCCUACUCCCAUCCCAUGGGCUGCCCCAUUUCAAAUGGCAAGGUGGUCACCUUCAAGCCUUUUGCGGGUGGCUGCAUCUGUAUGCAGUGACGGCAAAGCUGUGCCUGGAGCUAGUUUGGUUGCCCUUGUGCCCAGCUGGAGAAGCAUCUGCGUCACAGCCUUUUAGAAACUAAGCAGAAGAGGGGCCUCGUCAUUAUGCGCUUUGCGCUUAGGGCCCUGAUCGUGGCGUGUGUAUAUGAUGCAGAUUUUUUUUCCACUUUGUAGAUAAUGUUGAACAAUAUGAUUGUUACUUUCCCAACUUCAUUGUCCAUAAAAACAUCCCCUGAAAGAACUGUUCUAAUAAAAAAGGCUUUUUUUGAGAA